GCUUAUAUUCUUACCUGCUUCAGUACCUAGGAACAGAUUGGUUGUCUGGUGGCCUAAAACUGUGGCAGGUGUAACAGCUUACCAUUCAUGUCUUCAGCAUUCCCUAAGAUCAGCUUCCUUUCUGAAUGGGGCAGAAGAGUUAAAAGCAUGGCGUAAUUGUAACCGCACAGGUUGGUGGGCUGAAGAAAGCUAUUCCAAAUGUCCUUAUUCACAGGAAGUAACUCAAAUCCUUCAUGCCUUUAGUCAGAGGCAUCUUAAUGCUACCAAUGCACUUGAAUUUUCUCAUCAGCUAGCAGCCUACACAAGAGAUGCUGCCAACUUUGCAGAUAAAGUGGAUGUUAUCUAUUUGGCUUACAUGCUGGAAAAGCUAAUUGCAUAUAUGGAAGAAAUCAAAGAUCUUGCAGAUGCCGUCAUAGAGAUUGCCAGCAAUAUAAUGGUGGUCGAUGACCAUGUAUUAUGGGUGGCACAAAAAGAAAGAAGAGCAUGUGCCAGAAUUGUACAGUGCGUGGCACGCAUUUCAAAUCAAAUUCUGAGCAGCGAUACACAAGUUGUAUCAAAGGUUUCUCUUAAUAUUGCUCUGGAAGCUUUUUGGAUCAAGCCAUCUGUUUUCAUGGGCAUGACUUGCACUGCUUUCCAGAAACUAUCUCCUAAUCCAGACAGGUCACUGAGUCCUGACACAAAGAACAGAGUCCAACCUUUGAAUUUUAGGUGCAACACUGGAAAUCAGAGUACCUCUUUGGUGAAUUUCUCUUCCAUGAAUGCUGUGGCAAUAGCUUCAGUUCAUUUGCCACAGUCUGUCUUCUCCUCAUCCGCAGCCUGGCAAUCUGUUGAUAACUCCUCUUGCAAGCUACAGUUUAUUGCCUUUCGGAAUGGAAAACUCUUCCCCAACCCUGCAAACUCGUCUCACCUUGCAGGUUAUGGGAAGCACAAGAUCAUUGGCACACCCGUAGUCUUCAUUAAAAUAGAUGGGUGCAAUAUUGGAAACCUCGCCAGUCCUCUUAUUAUAACGCUGAAGCACUUUACCCAGGGCAUAAACCCCAUUGCAGUCUUUUGGGCUUUUGACCUUCUAGAUGGACAUGGAGGCUGGUGGGGAGAAGGGUGCCACAUAAUUAGCUCUGCAGACAAUAUUACCACUCUUCAUAGUACUCACUUCGGUAACUUUGCAGUGCUAAUGGAUCAGAAGACGGUGUGGCCCCUAUCCCAGUACCCAGGGGAGUUCCUGCACCCUGUGGUUUAUGCAUGUACUGCAGUCAUGUUAUUGUGCCUCUUUGCUUCAAUUAUCACCUAUAUUGUGCAUCACGGCACAAUUCGAAUCAGCAGAAAAGGCUGGCACAUGCUUCUCAACUUCUGUUUCCAUACUGCUCUCACUUUUGCUGUUUUUGCUGGUGGAAUCAAUCGUGUAAAAUAUCCAGUUAUCUGUCAAGCGGUUGGCAUUGUACUGCAUUAUUCCACACUCUCUACAAUGCUCUGGAUUGGAGUGACAGCAAGAAAUAUUUAUAAGCAAGUUACAAAAAAGCCUCAAACCACCCAAAACAGCGAUCAGCCUUCUUAUCCAAAACAGCCAUUGCUCAGGUUUUAUCUGAUUAGUGGAGGAGUUCCUUUUAUUAUCUGUGGAAUUACCGCCGCAACCAACAUAAAUAAUUAUGGGAUAAAAAGUUACGCAGGAGCUCAGUUUUGUUGGAUGUCAUGGGAGCCAAGUCUUGGUGCAUUUUAUGGACCACUUGCAUUCAUUGUUCUGAUCACAUGCAUUUACUUCUUCUGCACAUAUGUGCAAUUGAGGCGUCACCCAGAACGCAAAUAUGAAUUAAAGGAAAGGAUGGAAGAUCAGCAGAGGUUGGCAAGUCCUGAACUUGGCCAUAGUCACAUGACAGACAUUGGAUCAGUUUCCCAGGCAACCUGUUCAAUGAUGUCUUCAUCCUUGUUGGAAAAUGAGCACUCAUUCAAGGCUCAGCUUCGAGCUGCUGCAUUCACUUUGUUUCUGUUUACUGCCACAUGGACUUUUGGUGCCCUUGCUGUUUCUCAAGGACAUUUCUUGGAUAUGAUAUUUAGCUGCCUCUACGGAGCAUUUUGUGUCACCUUAGGGCUCUUCAUCCUCAUCCAUCACUGUGCAAAGCGAGAUGAUGUGUGGCACUGUUGGUGGUCCUGUUGCCCAUCUCGAAGAAACACAUACUCGGUGCAAGUGAAUGUCCGUCCAAAAGUCAAUGUCAAUGGUGAAAGCCAAGCUCAUGCCUCAUGCCUUCAAGAUUCACCGUGCCCAACGAAAUCUGCCGUUUUUAAUCACCCGGCUGUUAGUCACUGCAAACUCACUAAUCUACAGGCUGUUCAGAACCAUGUCAACUGCCUUUCACCGGUCACACCAUGUUGUGCAAAAAUGCACUGUGAUCAGCUCCUGGAAGAUGAAGGUCACAUUCAUGUACACAACGAAGGGACUUUCAGACCCAACAUGCACAUUCACAGAUGUUUGAAAAGCAGAACUAAGCCACGAUACUUUAGCCGACAUCGAUCUGCAGGAGAAAGGGAGUAUGCUUACCAUAUUCCUUCAAGCAUUGAUGGCAGCAUACACAGUUCACAUACAGACAGUCCACAUAGUACUCAUGACAGCCACUCAGGCCACAGGCGGCCAUGUUGUGCAAAAAACAGUCCCUAUCCAACUAUCAGUCAGCCUGAAAGUAGCGAUGCAAGUACUGUGAUCUAUAGUUGUGCUAAAGUCCCAGAAACUGAGACAGGCCCUCAUGCAGCUCAUUUUGAGAUGCAUCCACGGACACACUCCUUGCCAUUUAGCACAACCAGCCACAAUGGAAUUCUAAAGGGAAGCUUGCAUGAAGCCAUGAUCUACAGUUCAGAUAGUACAGGAAAUAUCAAAACAGGGCCUUGGAAGAAUGAAACUACUGUGUAGUUGGUAGGCCACAUUUCUCCUCUUGCAGCUCAGAGCAUCUUAGACUGCAAACCUAUAUACAGCAAUUUGGGAGUAAGCCCAGUUAAAUUCAGUGGGCUUACUUCUGAGUAGACCUAAGUAGGUUUGUACUGUUGAUCUUUGUUUUCCUUCUAAACUGAGUAAGAUUCUACAUGUUCGUGUAGCACAUGAGAUAACUGUACAGGUUUUCAACCUAUUUUUUUCUGAAUAAGAAGAGGCUUUUAAAAAGCAGGAGCAGUCUUGAAAUUAUUUUUAAAAGAAUGAUAGAACAGGUUCAAGGAAGAACUAAAACGUAAACCUAGAAAGCAGAAUAUGAGGCUUUUGUUACUAUGACAUAACGUGGUAUCGUUUUCCUUUUAUUUUAUUUUUUUUAAUCUGUAUUGGCAUCAGACACUUUUCUACACAUAUCAGCAUCAUAGCCUUUCCUUGAUUAUUUUUGCAACAAAAUGGUGUUUUAUUAAUUUUUGAAAUCAGCAGAAAGAGAAAGGAUUUUAUAACCAGCCUAACAUAGCUUUUUAGACCUAUAAAAGUGAUACUGCCUCUAAAGAUCUUCUGUAGCAUAUGGCGUGUAACACCAUGUAGUGUAUGUCACCGUUCUUGUCUUCUUUCUCUUUGGAAGGAAACACUAGGUAAAAUCCCAUGUUAACAUCCCCAGUGCUGUACUGGUUGUAUUUCUUUUUGUUGUUGUUGUCGUUAAGAUUAUUGUUAUUAAUAAUAUCUUUUAAUUUCUGCAUGGCAUCUGUCAGGAUAACGCCAUUUGUUGUUUUCUGAUGUUACAUAUGUACAAAGAAAAAACCACCUAUUGUAAAAGGCUGUGACUAUCCAUGUUGGUAUUAAUCUAGAGCAUUUUGACUCUAUGAAAAAAAGAAAAAGAAAAAAAUACCUUCUGCACUACUUUAAGUGGCACAAUCCUUUGUAUGAGGUUAAAUGAUUGCUUUGAUAAGGGUGCACUCUAAUGUCUCUGCAAAGCAUGCCCCAUUGAAUGUGGCACUGUGUAUGUCUCUAGCAGCUGUCUCAGCGAGUUUCACUCUUCGGUACCUUCGCCUUUGGGAAUUAAUCCGCAACUAGCCCCAUCACCAUUGAUCAAGGCGAAGUAAAGCUUUUCCAUUAACUCUUUGAGGACUACAGUUAUUCGCUUAAGAGCACGCACAGGCAGCCCUAGUUAAGCACUUUGAAAAUGCAUUAAUUUCAGUGAGAAAGACGUAACGUAUGUACCUGCUUGCAUUUUUUAAACGCUGAAAGGGCUUGACUUCAAUUGGAAUGUUUCCUGACUGUGUUUCCAGAUUGGAGGGAGAACUGUUACCUGCAGUGUUAUGCGAGGAUCAUCAUUAUAACAGUCCGGUCCGGUGCAGGAGUAGCUAAUAAAAGCUCUGUGACUUUGACAGCCAUUUUAAGCACUCUUUCCAGAGAAUGGGUCCAAGAAACACCCUGGCCCUUAUUGCUAAGGAAAUACAUAUAGGACUUCACUGCAACAAAAUAUCACUUAAGAGCAGAUGUUUUAAUUAUUCUGUAUUUAGGGUGAAACCACCCUCUUUGUCACACCUUUCAAUCCAUUGCCAAAGCAAAAUUGGGAUUGUCUUUAUAUUUCCAUGCAAGUUUGACCCUUGGGAGCAGGGCUUUUCGCUGAUUUAUUCUGUUCAGAUCUGGUAAUCUCUAGGGCCAACAAUAUUUUCUGUCCAUGAACUUUGGGCAAAAAGGUUUUUUGUUUUUUUUUAGCGGGGGAGGAAAUUCUAUCUAUGAAUAUCUGAACACAAUGCACCAAUAAACAUGAAUAAGAGAAUUACAGUUGCUCUUUAAAAUUUAAAAUAAAGUACAGUACAGUUUUAAACUGGUGACAUAAUGUGAAUAGAACCAUACAGCUCAAAGGGAGCUGUGAUGAAAAAUAGGCCAUAAUUUCACAUUUAAAGAAACAAACAAGCCAGGGAAGGGAUCAAAAAAGUCAAGCUAGUGGUGGCCACCACGCCUUUGAAGCCCUGUCCCCUUUUUGCAUGUGUUGUGAAAAGGGGGGGCAGCUUUGAUCACAUAGUUGUGGCCCCAUCUUGACUUUUUUGACCCCCUCCCUGCAGUUAUCCCUGAAGCACACUCAGUGUUAUAUGGCCAUUAGAAGCCAAUUGAUAAACUUACCUACCACACAUGCAAUUAACCUUCACAAUUUGUUUCUUGGGAAGAACCCUUGCUUCACAGUAGACGGGCUUUCCCCCCACAAACUUAAGAGAGCUCAGUUCAUUAUCUGUGUUAUUAUCAGCACAUUCUAAAUCCCAUCAUUUAUGAUAGGUAAGAAUCUUUUUCCUCACACUGUACAUAAGCAGAUGAUUUUUAGUGGGAUGUUAUGAUAAUGUGUGUCAGAUGAAUGUGUUCUGCAGUCUUUGCAGGUGGGAAUUAAGUACUCAAAGGGUUAAUGCUCAGUAUCUGAGUGCAAGGAAUUAACUUUUUCUUUUCUGUAUUUUUAUAAAAUUCAAACACACACACACACGCAUAUAUAUAUGUAUAUAUAUAUAUUGUAAAUUACAGCAAAUAACGUAACCGUUGUGUGUGUGUGUUUACACACACUGUUCUUAUGUGUGUCUUUCAAAAGUGAACACAGCAGAAUGCACUAAGUAGGUGUUGAGAUAUGAACUGAAUUUCAUCUUUUCAUGAUUGCUUCUUUUAGAUGAUUAAAAAAAAUCCCUGAGCUUUAUUAUGUAUCUGCUGUAUAUGCUUGAACUGUCUCAGAACUAAAAUACAGUAUUUUGCAUUGUGAGUAUAAUAUAUUUCCUAAUUUUUAUCAUCAUUUUUUCAUGGAUACAUUACCGUUUUCCACAACAUCAGUGAAACUAUGUAGACAUAUAGAGAUGCUGUUCAAAGCCACAUUUCUGUAUCUUGGUGAUAUUUAGAAUAUUCUGUAUUAGCUAUGUCCUACAAGAUCCUUAGAAUUAUGCAAAGUAGUUCACACAGACUGAGAUACAGGUAAAAUAGUCACACUGCAGAAACACACCCACAAAAUUUCUCCAGCUUGUCUUUCCCUUGCCAAUGUUGUUCUGUCUAAGAAAACAAAAGAAAGAUAAUGAAAUGGGUGCUGCUUUCCACAAAAAUCUUUGGCGUAAGCCUUUCCUGAAGACUAAUGUUCAGUAUUGAUACACCUUUCAUAUUGUGUCUGAAGUUAGCAAAUCUUUCUGGGCUAAUUUGGAAGUCAUGUUAUGCAAUAAUCUGUUUGCAUUUUUUUUUAGAAAAUAUACAAUAUAAUACAGA